UUGUUCGCAAACCGAACCGAGCCGACAUCAAAACAAAAAAAAAUCGCACUUUCUGGCCGUUUAGAGGAUAUUUUGUAAGUUUUUUACUCGCUCUGAACCCUAGAACGACCAAAAAUCGCGCAGAAACUCGUAUCCGGUAAAGUGUGUAGUGCGUGUACAGUGCGAACAUAAAGGUAAUGCCCAAACCGCGCGGGUCGUACGAAAGUGAAUUCGAAAUGCGUACCGACACAGCAGUUGCCGGAAAUCGUAACAACACCGGCGGAGGUUCGGUUACUACGGAACAUGCAACCGAUCCAGCCAGUUUGGUGGACGUUGAUACCUACCGGCGGAUUAUGAAAAGCUUCAUGGAUAUGAGACGGUACCAAACAGCACUGUUUUGGGCGGAAAAAGUAACCGUUCUCAGCAACAAUGAACCGAAGGACGUAUACUGGCAGGCCCAGUGCAUGUUUCUGCUGCGGGAAUAUCAUCGAGCGGCGUACGUUAUUCGAAGCCGCGGGUUGGACAAACAGAAUCUGCUUUGUCACUAUUUGGCGGCAGAAUGUCUAGCCGAGGCAAAGGAGUACCAGGAAGCACUAGACGUUUUGAAUUCGGUGGACUGUGAGGUACUUGCGAAUAGUAUCGCUAAUGUGAGCCAAAGAGAUGAUUCAAGCACACGGGACAGUUUGGUGUUUGAGGAACCGAACAAAAGCGAUUUACUCGGAUCGAUUUAUUUCCUGAAAGGAAAGAUUCUGGAAGCGAUGGAUAAUCGUGUGUUGGCUAUGGAUUGUUACGUUCAAGCGCUGCACAAAUCGGUGUACUGCGCGGAAGCGUUAGAUGCAUUGAUUCAGCACGAGAUGCUGAUGGCCUGGGAGGAAAAGGAACUCAUGCAACAUAUUCCGCUGGAACAGCAGUGCUCGGAAGCGGAGAGCAAGAUUUUGAAGCGGUUGUAUGAAAGUAAGCUGAAAAAGUAUUACGAAUCGAUUGCUCCGCAAACCAACCUCGAGCAGACCCCUGUUGGAACGAUGAGUACGAAUUUACUGCACGAGCUGACGGAAAAAAUGAAAAACAGCAAGAACAUCGAAAGCAACAAGUCCGCAGCAACGGCAUCCGCUUUACCCAAGUGCUUCACAACGCCCGUUCCGAAUAAAAUCAUGUCUCCGGCUAACAAAAUUCUGGACGAGUUGAAGAAUUCACCAUCCUAUCUGAUACAGUCGUCUCUGUCGAAGGCAUCAUCCGUUGUUGGUUCCGGUGGAGCUGGUGGCGGUAAUGCCAAUUCCAAACCCGCAGAUACUCCGUAUCGAAUAAAUCGACCGGUCAGUAUGCAGAGCCCCUCGGCAAUCAACGUCCAGAGUUGUUUCGAUCGAUUGGAGAGCUGUGUGGAUUUGGUCGUGUCUAAGGCGGAGAAGUUUUUCUACAACUGCGACUACAAAAAGUGUAUCAAGGUCAUCGAUGAGAUCCUCAAGCGCGACCCGUACCACAAGCGCAGCCUCACCGUCCAGAUCGGUUGCCUGAUGGAGAUGAAAGACUUCAACAAGCUGUUCUACGUGGCCCACAAACUGGUGGACUUUUACCCGGACGAUGCCAUCUCGUGGUAUGCGGUGGGCUGCUACUACGAUCUGAUAGGGAAGAGUGACCCUGCCCGGCGCUAUCUGUCGAAGGCGACCAGUCUGGAUAGGCUGUACGGGCCGGCCUGGCUUGCCUAUGGGCACUCGUUUGCGAAAGAGAAUGAACACGACCAGGCGAUGGCGGCUUACUUUAAGGCGACUCAGCUGAUGAGGGGCUGUCAUCUGCCGCUGCUGUACAUCGGGGUGGAAUGUGGUCUCACCAAGAAUCUGGAAAUGGCCGAGAAAUUCUUCUAUCAAGCGAUGUCGAUCGCACCGUUGGAUGUUUACGUGCUUCACGAGCUUGGGGUAGUGAAAUUCGAGUACGAGCUGUUUGAAAGCGCAGAAGAAGUGUUCCGAACCACGCUGGAUAUGGUGCAAAGUAUGGCGAAAGCGAACAAGGAACCAAUUUCCGUCCGAUGGGAACCGCUACUCAACAAUUUGGGUCAUUGCUGUCGCAAGAAUAGAAAGUAUGAGGAAGCGUUGGAAUUUCACCGGAGAGCCCUGUUUCUGAAACCGUUGAGUGCGGCCACCUACACGGCGAUUGGGUUCGUCCAGGCACUGAUGGGCAAAUUGGACGAAGCGGUUGAAUCAUUCCACAAAAGUCUAUCUCUGAAGCGAGACGACGUUGUUACCACGACUAUUUUAAAAUACGUGAUUGAGGAUUUGGCUGAGGAAGCACCGUUACCGUUUUACACCGGCGACGGAGAAAAUAUCGAUCUGAAUGCUAAAGAGGAGGACAGUUCCGAGGCAAGAGAUGAUGAAAUGAGCGGUGGGGGUGGCAAGCCAGGACCUGGUGGUGGAACUGGCGGGACGGGAUGUGGUGAUGGACCGCCUCCACGAUUGAAACUAAAAUUUGAUGAGUACGAUUCCAAUGCGUCGCCGGUGAGCGAUACCAGCGCGGACGAAAUGAGCAUGGAUCUGUAGGGGGCUUCGGGCGGACGACAGGUGAGUGUUUGAGAUUCCUUUUGCUUACCGAUUGUUUUCUCAUUUUGAAAUAUAAUGUUGAACAAUUAUUUAUGUGA